UUCCGAAUUGAGCCCGGCGAAAUUGAGGCCCGUUUAAUAGAACAUCCUUCGGUGCGCGAGGCGGUUGUACAACCAUGGAAGGACGGUCCCGAUAUUAAUACCCGUCUGGUGGCCUUUGUAGUAGCCGAUCCAGAUGCAUCACUAGCUCAAAAUCUACGCACUUAUCUAGUAUCUUUACUUCCUCAUUAUAUGGUUCCAGCAGCUUUUGUUUGUUUAUCGUCUUUGCCACUUACGCCAAAUGGCAAACUAGAUCGGCAAGCACUUCCAGCACCGGACGUUGAAGCAUUUGCCCGUCAAUUAUAUGAAGAACCGCGGGGUGAAAUGGAAGAAAAACUGGCCGCAAUCUGGAGUGAGCUGUUGGGUAUUGAGCAAAUCAGCCGAAAUGAUAAUUUCUUUGCAUUGGGCGGGCAUUCUCUCCUAAUCGUAAAGAUGCUUUCACAGUUGCGACAAAUUGAACUGGAUACCAACGUUCGGGAAGUAUUUGAUGCACCCUCAUUAGCCGUACUAGCUGAGACUCUGAGCCAUUAUACGGCAAUCAGAACUCCACCCAAUCUGAUUACCGUCGAAAGCACAGUUAUAACUCCAGAAAUGUUGCCGCUUAUCGAUCUGUCUCAGACAGAGAUUGAUGUGCUGGUCAAACAAAUGCCAGGCGGUAUAGCUAAUAUCCAAGAUAUCUACGGGUUAGCAUCAUUGCAGCAAGGCAUCUUAUUUCAUCAUUUGAUGGCCGAACAAGGCGAUCCGUACUUAAUAAUGGGUAAUUUACAAUUUAAUGACCGUGCGACACUUGAUAACUACGCAAUCGCGCUGCAACAGGUGAUUGAACGACAUGAUAUUUUGCGUACUGCCUUCAUUUGGGAAGGACUCAGUGAACCAGCACAAGUCGUCUUGCGCCAAGUUCCAUCGCUACUCACCGAUGUCAUGCUGGAUGAUACUGAUGACCAUGUUCUAGAUCAAUUAAAUUGCCGAUUCAACCCACGUCACUACCGUUUAGAUUUAAAACAAGCACCCUUGAUGCGUUUAUUGGCCGCUCCAACGUCUAAAGGAGAUUGGAUAGUAUUGCAACUGAUGCAUCACAUAAUUGGUGACCAUACAACACAAGAACGACUGAAUAUAGAAGUGAAGGCCAUUAUCGAUGGACAGAGUGAGAAGUUGACAACACCCACACCAUUCCGCCAUCUAGUGGCUCAAGCUCGUCUAGGAGUUAGCCAAGCCGAACAUACUAAGUUUUUCGAAGACAUGCUUGCUGACGUUGAUACACCCACCCUCCCGUUUGGUCUGAGCGACGUUCAUGACGAUGGAACUAGGAUCGAUGAAAUGCACCUGAAGUUACCACAGGAGCUUAAUAAUCAAUUGCGGGCGCAUGCACGUCAUUUACAUGUUAGCUUGGCGAGCCUUUUCCAUUUGGCUUGGGCGCAAGUACUGGCUAAAGCCAGUGGACACAAGACAGUUGUCUUCGGCACCGUACUAUUCGGUCGUUUACAUUCUGGAGAGAAUGACAGUACAAUGGGACUAUUGAUAAACACGCUACCAAUUAGGCUGGAUAUCGAUGAGAGAACGGUAGAGAGUGCCGUACGUCAUACUCACUCACGUUUGAGUAGCUUACUGGCACACGAACAUGCAUCUCUUGCGUUGGCACAACGUUGUAGCGGAGUAUCAGAACAGUUGUCACUUUUCAAUGCACUUUUGAACUAUCGUCAUAAACAGCCGAGCAUGGAAGUCACUACGUCGAUUGAUGGGGUCACUUUUCUUGGCGCUGAAGGGCGAACAAAUUAUCCAAUAACUUUGUCAGUUGAUGAUGACAAUGAGGCACUGUAUUUAACAUCCCAAGUGUUCUCACCAAUAUCAGCGUCGCGGAUUUGUAGUUAUAUGCAACAAGCUCUAUUCACACUUGCGGAUGCAUUAACAAACGCACCAGAGAAACCGGUGCAGACUUUGACAGUGAUACCACAAGAAGAACGAGAGAUGCUAUUGUAUAGCUGGAACGAGACAACAGUCAAUUAUCCACCUGUUUGUUGCCUUCAUCAAUUAUUUGAGGCACAAGUAGAACGCGAUGGGCGAUCAAUUGCCGUGGAGUGUGAGGGAGAAACAAUGAACUAUGCUGAACUGAACGCACAAGCAAACCAAUUGGCACAUUACUUGAUCGCAAAUGGUGUUAAGCCAGAUGAUCGCAUCGCACUUUGCGUUAAACGCAGUACAAAAAUGAUCAUUGCUAUAUUGGGAAUUCUAAAAGCUGGAGCUGCUUAUGUACCACUCGAUCCUGCUUAUUCAAGUCAACGGAUUAAUUAUAUGUUGCAUGACGCCAAUCCAUUGUGUGUGUUGACCGAUUCUAAUGGUCAGAAAGCACUUGGAACUCAUCAUGUAUCAGAGGUGAAUUUGGACCAGCCACUACCUGAUGGCCUGCUAGAGAAUAGUCCAGAUCCGGUUAAGUUUGGACUCAAUUCUGGGCAUCUGGCUUAUGUUAUCUACACUUCUGGCUCUACCGGAAGACCGAAAGGGGUGAUGAUCGAGCAUCAAUCUCUGCUCAAUUUAGUUCAUAGUCAAAUUUCAAUUUAUGAAAUAACUCAUAGGAGUCGUCUGUUACAGUUUGCUUCUUGUUCUUUUGAUACAAGCAUAUUGGAAAUCUCAAUGGCUUUAACAAGUGGAGCCUGCCUUUGCAUACCAAACGAUGAAGAUCGUCAAACAGACACUUUCUUGACUGGAUACAUGAACGCAGAAAAGAUUACCCAUGCUCUUUUGCCGCCGGCCUUAUUCCAAGACACACAAAAUCUAAGUGAUUUAACUAAUUUGGAAGUGUUGAUUUUUGGUGGUGAAACGCCUUCGCUAUCAUUGCUACAAACUGCCUCAAACCACACUAAAGUUUAUAAUGGUUAUGGUCCAACGGAGACAACCAUUGCUGUUACUACUUGGUCAUUUUCGGACAAUUUUACCUUCCAUUCGAUACCCAUUGGUCGUCCAAUAGCCAAUACACAGAUUUACCUGCUUGAUUCACAAGGCGAACCGGUUCCAUUGGGUGCCGAGGGAGAGUUGUAUAUUGCUGGUGUUGGUGUUGCGCGCGGCUACCUCAACCAACCUGAACAUACCGCCGAACGGUUCAUACCGGAUCCAUUUAGUGAAAAUACAGUGGCACGCAUGUAUCGCACCGGUGAUCAGGCACGCUAUUUACCUGAUGGCAAUCUCGUUUAUAUGGGACGUACCGACCAACAAAUAAAAAUUCGCGGCUUCCGAAUCGAGCCCAGUGAAAUUGAGGCCCGGUUAGUUGAACAUCCUUUGGUGCGUAAGGCUGUGGUACAAUUAUGGAAAAACAAACCAAAUACUGAUGCCCAACUCGUCGCUUAUGUUGUGGCUGAUCCCGUAGAUCCAUCACUAGCUCAAAAUCUACGCACUUAUCUACUAUCUUUACUGCCUGAUUAUAUGGUGCCAGCAGCUUUUGUUUGUUUAUCUUCUUUACCAAUCACACCCAAUGGAAAAUUGGAUAGGCGUGCAUUACCCACUCCAGACGAUGAAGCAUUCGUCCGUCAAUUGUAUGAAGCUCCAAAUGGUGAGAUGGAAGUAAAACUGGCCGCAAUUUGGAAUGAAUUGCUGGGUAUUGAGCGAAUCAGCCGAAAUGACAAUUUCUUUGCGUUGGGCGGGCAUUCGUUGCUGAUUGUACGAAUGCUAGCAAAGUUACAGAAAGCCGGAAUAGAUUCCAGUGUCAAGAAAAUAUUUGAUACACCAUCUUUGACUGCACUAGCUAAAACUCUCGUCAAACACCAAUCGUUCAGUAUUCCAGCCAAUCUGAUUAAUGUAGACACCACAAAGAUUACUCCGGAUAUGUUACCUCUUAUCAGCCUAUCUCAAUCAGAGAUUGAUUUGCUAGUAGCACAGGUGCCUGGUGGAAUAUCCAAUAUUCAAGAUAUUUAUGGGUUAGCACCAUUACAAGAAGGCAUCUUGUUUCAUCAUAUGAUGGCUGAGCGUGGCGAUUCGUACUUGUUAGUUAGUCGUCUACAUUUUAGUGACCGAGAGGCACUUAAACGUUAUGCAGCCGCUUUGCAACAGGCGAUUGAACGACACGAUAUUUAUCGGACCGCCUUCAUCUGGGAAGGACUCAGUGAACCGGCACAAAUUGUUUUGCGUCGAGUUCCUUCGAUACUCACCGAGGUCACACUGGAUGAAACCAAUGAGCCGGUUCUAGAACAAUUGAAUAACCGAUAUAAUCCACGUCACUACAAACUAGACCUAACCCAAGCACCUUUGCUGCGUGUGUUUGCUGCUCAAACUUCUAAAGGAGAUUGGAUGGCAGUGAUUCUCAUGCACCAUUUAAUUGAUGACAAUACAACACUAAAAAGGCUGAAUGCAGAAAUUCAUGCCAUAAUCGACGGAGAGUGUGAUCAGUUGACCACACCCACACCAUUCCGCCAUGUAGUUGCCCAAGCUCGUUUCGGUGUUGGCCAAGCCGAACAUACUCAAUUCUUCGAAGGUAUACUUGCUGACGUUGAUACACCGACCCUUCCAUUUGGUCUGAGCGACGUUCAUGGCAACGGGACCUCGAUUGAUGAAAUGCACCUGAAGUUACCACAUGAGCUUAGUAAUCAGUUACGGGAGCACGCUCGUCAUUUACAUGUUAGCUUAGCCAGCCUUUGUCAUUUGGCUUGGGCACAAGUACUUGCUAAAGCCAGUGGACACAAGAUAGUUGUCUUCGGCACCGUACUAUUCGGUCGUCUACAUUCCGGAGAGAACGAAAGUACAAUGGGACUAUUGAUAAACACGCUACCAAUUAGGCUGGAUAUCGAUGAGAGAACGGUAGAGAGUGCCGUGCGUCAUACUCACUCACGUUUGAGUGCAUUGCUAGAACAUGAACAUGCAUCGCUUGCGUUGGCACAACGUUGUAGCGGUGUGCCAGCAACUUUGCCACUUUUCAAUGCGCUACUAAAUUAUCGUCAUAAUCAGCCGAGCAUGGAGGUCUCUACGUCGAUGCAUGGGGUCACAUUCCUGGGCGCUGAGGGGCGAACAAAUUAUCCAAUAAACUUGUCAGUUGAUGACGACAGCGAUGCGCUGGCUCUAACAGCCCAAGUGUUGUCGCCAAUAUCAGCUGCACGGAUUUGUGGUUAUAUGCAACAGGCGCUUAUCUCACUUGCUGAUGCAUUAGCAAACACACCAGAGAAAUCGGUGCGUUCAUUAACAGUGAUGACACUGGAGGAACGUAAGAUGUUGUUGCAUAGCUGGAACCAGACGACAAUUAAUUAUUCACCAGUUCGUUGCAUUCACGAGUUAUUCGAGAAACAAGUAGAACGUGAUGGGCGAGCAAUUGCCGUGGAAUGUGAAGGAGAAGCUUUAAGCUACCAAGAACUCAACAAGCAUUCAAAUCAACUAGCACACUAUCUGAUUGCAAGAGGUGUUAGGCCAGAUGAUUGCAUCGCAGUUUGCGUUAAGCGCAGCACAAAAAUGCUCGUAGCUCUUUUGGGAAUUCUAAAAUCCGGUGGCGCCUAUGUUCCUCUCGAUCCGAUCUACUCCAGCCAACGUCUGACACAUAUUCUACAGGAUGCCAAACCAUUGUGUCUGCUGGCAGAUUCCACUAUCCCAAAAGCACUUGGAGUCCAUCAUCAGGUGCCAAUUGUUGAUUUGGAUGAACCGUUACCUGAUGUUUUUUCGUUCAAAAAUACAGAUCCCGACAAACUAGGACUUACUCUUGCCCAUUUGGCUUAUGUAAUUUACACCUCCGGUUCGACUGGAAUUCCGAAAGGAGUGAUGGUAGAGCAUCAAUCUGUUAUUAAUCUUGGCUGUGCUGUGUCAUCACUUUUGGGAGUAACAUAUACUAGUCGUGUUAUGCUCUUUGCUUCCUGUGCAUUUGAUGCCAGUAUGGGCGAUAUUGUAAUGGCUUUAACGAGUGGAGCCCGUCUAUGUUUGCCGAAUGAAGAGACACGUCAAAAAGAUGUUUCUUUGCUUAGUUACAUUCGUACUAAAAAUAUAAGUCAUUCAACUAUUACGCCAGCACUGUUUGCAAAAACACAAAAUCUAGCUGACUUAAGAGGAAUGCAGACGCUAAGUUUUGGUGGAGAAACACCAUCGUUAUCCUUACUAAAAAAUGCUACCAUUCAUACGAACGUUGUUAAUGUCUACGGCCCUACCGAGACGACAAUCACUGCAACAACUUGGCAGUGUCCUGUGGAUUUCUUAAGUUAUUCGAUACCAAUUGGUCGUCCUCUAUCAAAUACCCAAAUUUACUUGCUAGAUGCACAAGGAGAGCCAGUGCCAUUAGGAGCCGAAGGAGAACUGUAUAUUGGUGGAGCUGGUGUAGCCCGUGGCUAUCUCAAUCGACCCGAACUUACCGCAGACCGAUUUCUUCCUGAUCCAUUUAAUGAGUAUCCAACAGCACGCAUGUACCGAACUGGUGAUCUGGCACGCUAUCUACCUGAUGGGAAUUUAGUAUAUUUAGGACGCACUGAUCAACAGGUAAAAAUCCGUGGUUUCCGAAUUGAGCCUGGCGAAAUUGAGGCCCGUUUAACGGAGCAUCCAUUGGUGCGCGAAGCGGUUGUACAGCCAUGGAAAAAUGGGAUUGAUACCCGUUUGAUAGCCUAUGUAGUGGCAGAUCCAAAUGCGUCACUCGCUAACAAUCUACGUACAUAUUUAGCAUCUUUAUUGCCUGAUUAUAUGGUGCCGGCAGCUUAUGUUUGUCUAUCAUCAUUACCACUCACACCAAAUUGCAAGUUAGAUAAGCAUGCAUUACCGUCUCCAGAGGAUGAAGCAUUCGCGCGUCAAUUAUAUGAAUCUCCACAGGGUGAAGUCGAAGAAAAAGUUGCAUUGAUUUGGAGUGAACUGUUGGGUAUUGAGCGAAUCAGCCGAAAUGACAAUUUCUUUGAGUUGGGUGGCCACUCGCUGUUAGUCAUGCGUUUCACGAACCUUAUCAAAAAGCUUUAUGAUAUAAGCGUCAGUCCUCAGGCAAUAUUCUCCUUUCCAAUACUCAAGGACUUAUCAGAAAAAAUUACCAAUUCUUACGACAAUAUGUAUUCAGAUGUUGCUAUACCAGCUCGUCGCUAUGGUGAUCAAGCACCUAUAUUUCUUCUUCCCAGUGGUGAUGGCAAUAUUUCUUAUGGUUUUGAAUUUGCACACGAGAUUGAUAAAAAGGUACCUGUUUAUGUGUUACCGUGGUCGCCGCCAGAAAAAGAGCAGCCAUCAUCCAUUGAAGAAAUGGCCAAUACAAUGAUUUCGCUAAUAAAGAAAGUACAGCCGAAUGGCCCUUGCGCUGUAGCUGGUUACUCUUCUGGAGGUAUUCUAGCCUAUGAAAUAGCAAAUCAACUCACAAAGAGUGGCUAUCCUGUUUCGUUUACGGGUUUAAUUGAUACGUAUCCCCCUUGCGUAUCUAUUCCAUAUAAUGAAACCGAGAUGUUUUUAACCUUUAUCGCAAGGAAAUUUCCAUUUUUCAAAUCAUUAAAUGAUACAAAGUGGUGGGAACGAGUCUUGAAAUUGUCUCUAAAUGAAGCUAUCGACGAAGUUAAACAAAAGAAUGUUGAUUUGAAAAAUGAAGAUAUCGAUUGGGAAGUAUUGUUAUUGAAACAACGAAUUCACUACAAAACGAUAUGCGAAUUAUACAAUAUAAAUCCAAUAUCAACUACAGUCAACCUAUUUAAGGCAACGGAAAUAGGCAGGUCACUUAUUGGUAAUGAGUACUUGGAUAAAUGUCUUCAAAAAUAUAGUAAUAGUGCCUUGGAAUGUUUUAAUUGUCCAAAAAAUGGAUGGGAAAUGUACAAUCUUCCAAACUUGCAUGUCACUCCUAUAAAUUGUAAUCAUACGACAAUAAUUGCAGAUGCGAGAAAUCGAAAUUUAUUGGGAAGACUGGUAACUCAGUCUCUUCUGUCAUGUGACACAUGUAUUAACUGAAACUACCAGAAGGAGAACAUCUAUAAAAUAUAAUUGUAAUUCUAAAAAAUGAAAAUGUGAAAAUAUUUUUAUUCAAUAAAUAUUGUCAUUGUUAAUUUA